GGGGCUCACGCAGCCACUGAGCCCUGUGGAGGCUCACGCCUCUCCCUUGGGGUCAGGACAGCGGGGGUCUUCGUCGCCAGGCAGGACGGCAGAGAUUGCACCAACAGCUCCUUGGGGCGACACCUGCCUCCCCACACUCCCCGCUCUGGGGCCGGGGUGCCAGGGACGCCUCGUUCCCGUGCCUGCUCCGGCUCCCCGCACGGGGCAGGCGGGGGUGGGGAGGAGCACAGAGCCGGGGGGGCCGUCACAGGUGCCCGCGGAGCCGUUCCCGCCCUCGGUUCUCACGCUGUCUCCCGCCGUGCCUGGCCAGGGGCAGACCGCUUCUACGACAACAUCGAGGACAUGAUCGGCUACCGGCCCUGGCCCCUGGUCAAGAUCUCCUGGCUCUUCCUGACCCCUGGCCUUUGCCUGGCCACGUUCCUCUUCUCCUUGAGCAAGUACGCCCCUCUCAAAUACAACAACGUCUACGUGUACCCUCCCUGGGGCUACUGCAUCGGCUGGUUCCUGGCUCUCUCCUCCAUGGUCUGUGUCCCGCUCUUCGUCGUCAUCACCCUCCUGAAGACCCAGGGUUCCUUCAAGAAGCGCCUGCGGCAGCUCACCACCCCCGACUCCAGCCUGCCGCAGCCCAGGCCGCAUCUCUGCCCGCCGGGUGGCGCUGCCCAGGACGGCAGACGGCCCCCCACCAAGGAGGGGCUGAUGGCUGGGCAGAAGGAGACCCAUCUGUAGAGCGCGGCCGGACGCCAGGUGACCCCUGACUCAGGGCCACUCCCCACCCCGGGACGGCCCUGCCUUGGUCCCCACCGCAGACCUGCCGAGAACCUCAGGGGGGCCACGGGCACCUCCCUGGAGGCCGGACUCCUCUCCACAGCCGGAGCAGCCCCUCCCGGUGUGCACGAGCCGUGCUGGGCGCCAGCGCCCCGUUGGAACACGCCGUUUUGUCCGUGAAGGAGGGUGGUCGGGUGAGUCCCCCGUCCGAUCACGACGCGGAGCCCCGCUGUGGGGAAGCUUCCAGCUGGCGCUUGCCGCGUCUGCACAUGGGGACAGCAGCCAUGAUGGGAGUGCGGCCGUGGUCUGACUCCGAGAGCCCGGUGGAAGUCGCCGUGACAGAGGUGAUGCCCGAACGCGCCACGGUGGAUUCUGAGUUCCGUCGGAGGGAGCCGUUCCUUGGGCUCAAUGUUCCGAGGGGCCGAGGGGAGGGAGGAGAGAACCAGCGAGGGGGGAAGCCUUCACACGCCCUCUCUGUUUGGAGUUUUCCCGGAGGGGGUCUCAGGGUGUCCCCAGCUCCAGCCACGGUUCCACAGUCUUCCCGCAGCGUCCUCAUCCACUCAUGGAGCACCGGGCUGCAAAGAUGAUUCUAGACUUCACAAACACGGCACGCGCGCCUCUGCUCUCCUUCCUCUGCCCGAGGCAGACAUUGCUAAACGACCGCAGAGGCUUGCCCACCGCACAGUCCUCCAAACAGCGCUCCGGUCAGCUCCGUUUGCCUUCCUGCUUCUAACCCAAACCCCCGACUUCACGGCCGGGAAACCCAGGGCCGGAGUGACGAAGCGACUUUUUCAAGUCCACACGGCUUCUUGGGGCGGAGAUGUGACUGAAGCCUGGUCUCCUUGUGCUCGGGCCGUGUUCUUCCCUGAGAUCCCCACCGUGAACAAGCAGGUGUGGACCCCCC